AUCAUUAACUUAUAAUUAUAAAUCAUAACAUACACACAAACCCACAUCUUAGAAUCACCACCAGAUUCUCUCCAUUUCAUCAGAAAAUCCUAAAAAUGGUCAGACAGAGAAGAAAGACAGAGAAAGAAGAAGAGAAGCGAGAACAAGAAGAUGGAAAUCAAGAAGAGAAGGUGAAGCCAAGGCAAAGAAGCGUGAGCAGAAGAAACAUACAAUCUCUGGUGAUUGGACUCGUUGGAGCUGCAUUGACUCUCGGGGCUUAUUCUCAGACGUUUGUUUCUCCGGGAAAAUCUAUCGGCGCCGGUCUAUUUGUCCUCUUCUUUGGCUUACUUGUGAGCGAAGGUUUCAUCUCUCUUUAAAAAAAUGUUUGCAAAUUAAACCUUUUUUAUGGAUAUUAUAAAAUAUAUUUAUCUAUGAGCAUCUUGUUUCAUAUUUAUCUUAUGGACUCUUGAAUCAUGUGAUCCAUUCCAUAUUGUUUUUACCGAUAAUUUUUUUUUUUUGGUUUUGUAAGAAAAUGUUUUGAUCUGUACGUAUACAUCUUCAUA